GUCACUGGCGAUUCGAUCCUUGAGCUGUUGCGAACUGAUGGCGUGGAAGUGGAUCAGUUGGAUGUGCGCGUGUACGACACCGAGCAAUUAGGAUGGACAACCUUGAGGAAGGAUGUUACCUUUGACGCGCUUUCAAGCCCCCCGAGGAGGAUUGACAUUCAGAUUUUUCGUCAACCGUAUGCAGAGUCUCUUGUCAAAGAACAGGAAGACGGAUACUUUAUGUGCGGGGUGAUGGGCAUGAAAAAUGUGGACAACCUGGGGACACUCUGGCGAUCAUGCUAUCAGCUCGGAGCCGCCAGCAUGUUCUUGAUAGGAGAUAGAUUUUCAAGCCAUCGCACAGACGUAGUCAAGUCUUUCACAAAGAUCCCCAUGGUCGAGUAUCCAGACUGGAAUUCCUUUGUGGCCUGCAGUGCGUACGGUGCCAAGUGGGUGGCGGUGGAGAUGGGAGGAGAACCUCUCGAAACCUUUGAACAUCCGAAGCGGGCGAUCUACAUCUUAGGGAGCGAAGAUAAUGGGCUGCCGGAGUCUGUGAUCCGCUCCUGUCACUCUCACGUUGCUCUGCCAUCCAUCCGGUUCGUACUCCGCCCUCACAAGUUUCCGGCUGACUUCAUGCAGAUAUGCUUCCUUCAACGUCGCGGUAGCGGUUGGUAUCGCUUUCUCCUUGUGCGGCACUCAUGUUGGCCCAGGGGUCGAUCGUCAUGUACGAUCGCAUCAUGA